AUGGUCAUGGACCUUUGGGUCACUUUGGAAGAGCUGUAUCAGGGCAACUUUGUGGAGCUUUUCCGCAACAAGCCAGUAGCGAAACCAGCCAAAGGCACUCGCCGUUGCAACUGUUUCCAGGAGAUGGUUACCCGACAGCUGGGCCUCGGGCGCUUCCAAAUGAUGCAACAGACGGUCUGCGAUGAGUGCCCCAAUGGCAAGUUGGUGAAUGAAGAGAAACUUUUGGAGGUGGAAAUUGGGGCUGGCAUGAAGGAUGGCCGAGAACAAGUCUUUGUGGCAGAAGGUGAACCUCAUAUAGAUGGCGCGCCUGGGGACCUUAAUUUGAAGAUUCGAACUAUGCCGCGACAUGUCUUUGAGAGGAACGGGACGAAGACUGAUGAUGGUUAUUGA